UGUGCAAGCUGCUCAAGGCUCUUUGCUCAAUUAGACAGUUGCUGUGUAAGCUAGAGGAGUGCUCUGGGGCAGUAGCAUGUUUUUGGAGAUAGAGAGUUGCUGUUUGUGCUUUAGAUCUUCCCUGAACAUGUGAUAAUAUACAGAACAUGUCUUAAGAAAAGAGGGAUAUAAAUCAUCCAGUUUGAAGCAAAGCAUAAAAAAAAAAAAAAAAAAAAACGGAAUUUCAUCUAACUGAAAAUAUAUAUGAGGAACCAAGAAUGGUUCUUCAACAAAGGACUCGUAUGUGGCCAUUUUGGUUUCUGCUUUUGCUGGGACUUUUGCACUUUUGCAUGUGCUCCCUGGUGAAGACCAACCAUGGCCUGCGGGUGAAGAGAGGACAGUCAGCUUUCUUGCAGGAAGGAGAUCUGCAAUUCCACAUACCCAGAGAGAGGGAUACCUGCAAGCUGGAAGUGGUUCUGAAUGAACCUAUUACCCAACGUGUUGGCACACUGUCCCCACAGGUUUUUGACUGCCACUAUUUGGCUGAUGAGGUGAAAUAUACGCAUAAUGGCUGUCCUAUUUUAAAAGAAGAUACUGUCAAACUUCGAUUGUACAGAUUCACAGAGACAGAGACAUAUAGUGAACUGUUCUCACUCCAUAUUGAGAUCAUGGAACCUGACUGUAAUGUUAUAAAGUUGGGACCACAGACAUUGCAAGUUCCAGAGUUCUAUGGCCUUUCCAAUAUGCUUGAUGGCAAUGUGAUGUCCUUCCACUAUGAGCAUCGGCCCAACAUAGAGUGUACUAUUAGGGUGAUGACACCAGACUCUGGUCUACCUGGACAUGGUCAGCUGGUCACUGGUGAACCUGACAAGCUAGAAGGGCCAAGAGGAGAUGAGCCAGACAGCUUUGUCUCAAUUCGACAACAAUUAGAAAAUAAAGCCAGAUCCAAAUGCAAGAGUGAAGACUGUUUAAAAGGACUAAAAUUGGUGACAAUUACAAAAGUGUCUUGCGAAGAAUUCUUAAUGAUGGGCAUUCGCUAUCAGCAUACUGAUCCUCCAUCACCUGAUAUUGAUUACAUUGCUAUCAAACUGGAUCUCACAGACACAAGGAGCAGGAGCAUAAUCCAGUCAGAACAAGCCUGGAUCCCUGUGACCAUUAAAGAGUCUGUUCCCAACCAGCCCCCAAAGCCUGCCUUCAUGUCCAUGUUCAUCCUGGAAGUGGAUCAGUUCAUCCUGACUUCACUGUCCACAGCCAUUCUUGAUGCAGUAGAUGCUGAGACCCCAAAGAACAGGCUGGUGUUCAAUAUCACCAAGCCUCCAAGUGAGGGCUUCAUCACUCAUUUGUCUGAUCACACCAAGCCCAUCUCAUCUUUCACCUGGGUGGACCUCAAUGAAAUGCUUAUCAGCUUCCAGCCUCCAAAUUCCAGCCAUACACAACGCAGGAACUAUGAGGUAGAGCUUGAAGUCCAUGAUUUCUACUUUGAGAAAAGUUCACCUAUUAUAGUACAUGUGUCAGUCAGGACAGCAGACACAAAUGCACCAAGAGUGUCAUGGAACAUGGGUCUCAGUCUCCUGGAAGGGCAGUCUCGGCCCAUCACGUGGGAUCAGCUGCAAAUUGUGGACAACGAUGAUCUAAAGGCUGUAAGAAUCAUCACUGUGGAUGGCUUACAGCAUGGAAGACUAACAGUCAGAGGUGGAAAAGGGUUCAUGUUCACUGUAAGUGACAUCACGGCUGGAGUGGUGCGCUAUUAUCAUGAUGACAGCGAUACCACCAAAGACUUUGUGGUCUUUCGGAUCACUGAUGGCCGCCACCAAACCAGACAUAAGUUCCCCAUCAACAUCUUACCCAAGGAUGACAGUCCACCGUUCCUCAUCACCAAUAUGGUCCUGGAACUUUCUGAGGGACAAACAGCUCUUCUUAGAGGUUCAAUACUUCAAGCAUCAGACACGGACUCCAGUGAUGACUACAUCUUAUUCAAUAUCACUAAGCCUCCUCAAGCAGGGGAGAUCAUGAAGUUGCCAGGUCCAGGAAUUACAGGAUAUCCUGUGAUGCGUUUUCUACAAAAGGAUCUCUUUCAUUCCAUCAUCUACUACAGGCACUUUGGCAAUGAAGUAUUUGAUGACUCUUUUGAAGUGGUGUUAUCUGACUUCCAUGAUCCUCCCAAUCUCUCAGAGCCUCAGGUCAUUGUGAUUCAAAUUCAACCUGUCCCAGAUCAGCCACCUAAAGAGGCCCCAGGAGUAACUCGACAUCUGAUAGUCAAAGAGACAGAUGUGGUAUAUUUAACCAAGAAGCAGUUGCACUUUGUUGAUGUUGAGUCGCCAGACUGUGAGCUUACCUACACUGUUACCACCCCACCUUUCUACACUACCACAUAUGGGGGACAUGAUGCAGGGCGGUUGUUCCUGGUUGACAGCAUCCCAAAAUUGGCUAAGGAUCCCAAUGCCCCCGUGCUUAGACUUUUCACACAGCAUACCGUCAACUACAUGAAAGUGGCUUACAUGCCGCCUUUCCAAGAUAUUGGGCCUUAUCCUCAGCAUAUUCAAUUUGUGCUGUCUGUAACCAGUGAGCAGGGCCGAACUACGACUGGAAUCUGUUUCAAUAUUACAGUCCUGCCAGUAGACAACCAAUCCCCAGAGGUGCACAUGAACCAGUUAACUGUGGAUGAAGGGGGAGAAUGCUGGGUCAGUGCAGAUCACUUGCACCUGACUGAUGUGGAUUCUCUGGAGGACUCACUACGUGUGGCGCUGAAGAGAAGACCUCAGCAUGGGGACGUGUAUCUGGAUGGUGUACCCCUGAGUCAAGGCCAGACUUUCACUGUUAGAGACCUGAAAAGUCUAAAAGUUAGAUAUCGCCAUGAUAGUUCAGAGACAGAGGAAGAUAACAUUAAAUGUAUAGCCACAGAUGGGGUGAAUUCAGUUGACUUUGUUUUACAUAUUAAGGUAACACUAGUCAAUGAUGAAAUGCCAGCACUGGUGCCAGGCUUGAAGACUGUUCUAGAGUGUGCAGAGGGACAGGAUGUUGUGAUCACCAUAGAGUACAUCUGUGCAACAGAUGUUGAUAGUGAUGACAGCAAACUGACCUAUCUGAUUGCUCGUCAGCCAUAUCAUGGUGUAGUGCUAAAGAACGGUAUAGUGGUAGACAGGUUCUUUCAAGAAGAUAUAGAGGCCAGGAUCAUCAGCUACAAACACACAGGUCUGGAGGUUGGAUUGCUCCCUCGUCGUGACACCAUUACAUUCGUAAUCUCUGAUGAACAGACGGCUCCAGUUCCGUCAUGCUGCUUUGACAGACCUCCUCAGUUUAACAGGCAAACAAAACAUCCCCAGGACUCCUUGUUAAUCUAUGACCUCAAUAUUACUGUUUAUCCUGUGGACAACCAGCCACCAUUCAUUGUUAUUGGUGAAGUGCUUCAGGUGGAUGAAGGAGGCUCUACCUCCAUCACUGUAGCACAUAUUGGAGCCUCUGACCAGGACACUCCUCUGGAGGACCUGCAGCUUGUAUUGGUGUCUCCACCACAGUUUGGCUAUAUUGAGAACAUUCUGCCUAGUCCGGGGUUUGAGAAGAGCAACAUGGGAAUCAGUAUUGCCUCUUUUUCCUAUAGGGAUGUACUGAAUGGACACAUAAACUAUGUGCAGUCCCAACACCAAAGGACUGAACCCACUGCUGACCAGUUUAUGCUAUACAUCUCUGAUGGCAAACACCAAUCCUCUGCAAUCCCCUUCUACAUCAUCAUCAAGCCAACAAAUGAUGAAAGCCCAGAUUUCAUAGCCAGGAACAUUAGUGUCCGAGAGGGAGACAUGAAGGAGUUAGAUGCCUCCAUUAUUAAUGCUGUGGAUUUGGAUGUUCCCAGAGAUCGAUUAACAUUUCGCAUCAUCCAGCAGCCCCAACAUGGGGCUAUCAUGGGCGGGCUUCAUGGUAAUGAUGUGGCCCAUUAUAGAAGAUCCAUCCAGAAUCAUGGAACAGAGGUUCAUGUCCAAGUCUUCACCAUGGAAGAUCUCAGAAAUGGUAUGAUGCUGAUGUAUUUGCAUGAUGACUCAGAGAGUGAGCAGGACAGCUUCAUCAUCCAGCUGUCUGAUGGAAAGCACCAGCUCCAGAGGGACAUAUUGGUCAAAGUGGUGCCUAUCAAUGAUGAGAAGCCAUGUAUCAUUAGAAACACUGGGAUUGAGGUGGAACCAGGAGAAGCUAGACUUAUUUCCAGUGCUGUUCUAAGUGCCCAUGACAAUGACACGCCCUCCACUAACAUCAUCUAUGUGUUUGAGAGUGUUCCUGUUCAUGGCCUGCUUCAGAUUAAGGCAGGCCUGGACUGGAGGACACUGACAGCAGAAAUGAACUGUUCCCAGGAAGCACUGGAUAUGAAUUUGCUGCGCUAUGUACACACAGCUCAGCCUGGAGCUCACACACAAGACUUUUUCAUCUUUCAUCUACAGGAUGGCAGGAACCGUUCCCCUGCACAACACUUCCACAUCUCUAUGAAGGAGCUACAGAAAGGAGACAUAGCAUUGUUUGUAAAGCCGGUGAAAGCUAGCCGUGGAGAGCAUGUAGUGAUCACUACAGACGUCUUGCUGGCUGUAGAUGGCACUGAAAGGCCAGAAGAGCUGCUCUAUGUGAUCACUGUGCCUCCAGUGCAUGGUCAUAUGGAGUACAUCAAACACACUGGCAUUCCCAUACACUCUUUUAGCCAGCUGGAUAUAGCGGCUAAUCUGGUGCGAUACGUCCAUGACAUCAGAGCUACCUCACCUAGAGACACAGUACAGUUUGUCAUCAGUAAUGGAAAAUCCACACGUAAUGGUACUCUGGAGAUUUUGGUUGAGAUGACAGACAGAGUUCUCCCUACGCUCAUGCAGAUGGCUGGUCUGCAGGUUCCUCAGGGUUCCACCAUUACUAUCACCACUGAUAACCUGCACCUGUCUGACCCAGAUACCCCUCCCCAUUGCCUGAUCUUCAUUCUUGUGCAGCCCCCACAGUAUGGACAGAUUAUUGUGAAAGGUUUCCCCUUAGCUCCUGGGAGCAACUUCACACAGCAGAACCUACUGGACCUGGAUGUUGCUUACAGACACUUAGGUGGAGCUUCUCAGAUUGAUCGUUUUACAUUCAUUGCUGCUGAUAGCACGGCAAGAGGCUUCCUGGUGGGAGGGAGGACGCAUACAGAUCCAGUCUUCUUUUCUAUACAGAUUGAAACAUUAGACCGGUCUGCUCCACGCGUGAUGGUGCUUGAGACUCUGUGGAAAGUGGAACUUCUAAAAGAUGGACGUUAUGGAAUCUUUAUCUCAUCUAGAGAAUUAAAGGCUCAGGAUAUGAAUGCAGCAGAUGGGAAUCUCAUCUUCCACAUACUCAGAGCUCCUUACUUUGGAUACUUGGAGAAUGCCACCAAUGGUGCGUUUGUGCGUCAGAGGUUCACUCAAAGUGAUCUGAACAAGAGGAAUAUUCUGUAUAUGAUUAACCUUUCCCUGGAAGCCUUAAGUGACUGUCUGGAGUUUGCAGUCUCUGACCCACUGGGCAACACUGGACCAUCUCACAAAUUAGAGUUCAGCUGGGCCAGUGUAGAGCUGACCAAGACAGAGUAUCGUGUGUGUGAAGGCAAAGGACCACUCUCUCUUACAGUUCAGAGGAAGGGCAAUAUGCAGGAUUCAUCAUAUGUAACUCUCAAGGUAAAGGAACUAACAGCAGCUAUAGGAAAGGAUUUCAUAUCAGCUCCCUCAACUCUGAUUCAGUUUGACCCUGGUGUGGCCAGUCGGCAGUGGAAGGUGGAGCUUGUGCAGGAUUUUCUGGAGGAGGCUGAGGAGAUGUUUGAGGUGACACUGAAUUCCCCUGUAGGUGCAAUACAGAGAGGAAACAACAAAGCAGUCAUUACGAUAAUGGACAACAAGAAUGGGCAGUGUGCUGAGAAACAGUCUCCCAGAGGGCCAGAUCUUCAGGGUAAGGAUCUCCAAGCAGGGUCCUACCCUAAACAUGGCUCCAUCCAGGUAGAGACUUUCCCUAUCACCCUGGGAGAUGGGUCAGAGUCUGUCAGAGGCGAUAACUUGCCUCAAGUUAUUACCCCCUUCUCCAAGAAAGGACUAAGAACCAAUGGCAAUGGAAAGUCUAUUCGACCCUCUUCAAUCACUCAGAGUGGAUCUGAUGUUCUUUACACUUAUCAUGGAAUAAUGUCACUGACAGUAGAGGAUGAAACUACAGCCUUUAACUCUGGGAAGAAGGCUCAAGUGCAGGUAACCAGUAGAGGGCAGCAGCGUUCCCUCCCAGGCAAAACCACAAGCCACCUUACAGCACUUCCUACACCUAACCGAAGAGGCACAGCACCUCAGAAUAUUUUCUCUAGGCCAGAGCCUAAGGUCUGCACCCCAGAGCUGGCAGGUUUUCUCCAUUUCAAUGCAAGCUUAGGCCAGCUCCUGCAGUGCAAUGGGAUAUCCUGGAAACCCUGGGCUGCUACAGAUGAGGCUGUGAAUGCACAGAAGUGUCCACAGGGGUGGACUUACCAUAGUCACCACUGCUAUCUGUUGAGCACAGAGCGAAAAGCUACAUGGAACAAUGCAGCCAGGACCUGUCGAGAGAGCUUCCAAGGCAACCUAGUCAGUGUGCUAUCAAAAGCGGACAUGGAUUGGCUCUGGGACUUCAGUGAGAGGAAGCCCUUCUGGAUUGGUCUGAAUGACCGGGUGAGUAAAGGCCAGUGGGAAUGGAUGGAUGGAGAGCCGGUUACUUACACCAACUGGAGGCAUGGUCCACCCCGAACCAAAAUCAAGAGCAACAAGAAGUGUGUUUUGGUCUGGAGGAAGACAAAAUGGCAAAUCAGAGAUUGUAAGACUGGAAAGGGACACCAUUUUGUGUGCUAUGUGAAAACAUGAGCUGCUACUGAUUACCAAAUAAUUUAUACCCUCUCUUAAGAUUACUUGUUUACUUCAUGAUAUGAGACCAUCCAGUAUAUGAUAGCGCUUAUUAUAACUCACAUUUGGAUGGUAAAUAGUGAAAUAUUAUUCUUAACAUAUAACAAUAUUUAGAGAGGCACUGUAUACUAUAAUGACUGUAUGUGUUCAAAAAUGUUUGGUAGUGGAUGCAGACAUUCAUACCUCAACUGUGUGGCAAUGUUUUAUUUUACAAUCAGAACUAAAGCUAUGCACAUUCAAACUGAAAUGACUUCUGUAAUCAAAAUCAACACUGCAAUACUUUAAAUGUAAACUCUCCUAGAUAGAUUUCUUACUGCAUAAUUAUUUCAUGUAUGUAUGUAUGUAUAUACAGUGACAAAAAAUAUGUUGACACUUUUGUUUUCGUUAUUUAAUAUCUUUCCAACCAAUGGAAUGGUCUUUUAUAAAUGAUGCAAUGCCCUGGUGCAAUUUGUCCAAGAUCACUGUUUACAGCAUUUUUAUCUAGAGCUUGAUUUAUUGUUUCUGUAACCUUUAAAUAUAUUUUUUAAUAUAGUGUCCAAAUAUUUUACUCCCUAUCAAUUUCAUUUUUAAACAGUCUUUGUUUAUACUUAAGAAUAUAGUAGUGAAAGUAUUUGUCGCUCUACUGAUUACUUCUGUUUUUGUGUAUAUUUCAUGCUAAAUUGUUUCAGAAAUUAAAACAAAAUCUAAGAUAAAACAAAGGCAACCUCAGUAAACAUAAAAUACAGUUUUUACGUAAUAAUGUUAUUUACUGAAGCAAAAAAGUUAUCUAAUACCAACUAGGUCUGAGUGAAAAUGUAUUUGCCCCCAUAGUUACUAAUUCCCCAAAUCAUUGAAACUGCAUUCAUAAUGGGGUUCAGCUGGACUAGACGCAAUCAGGCCUGAUUACUGCAAACCCAGUUCAAUCAAAUCAACACUUAAAUAGAACUUUUUCAACAGCAUGAAGUUAAUAAAUCAGUCUUGGAACAGUUACAAAGCUAUUUCAAAGGAUCUGGGACUUCAAAGAGCCAUUAUCUCCAAAGGGAAAAACUCGGCACAGUAGUGAACCUUCCCAGAAGUGGCCGACCUUCCAAAAUUCCUCCAAGAGCACAGCAACGACUCAUCCAGCAAGUCACAAAAGAGCCAAGGACAACAUCAAAGGACCUACAGGCCUCUCUUGCAUCAAUAAAGGUCACUGUUCAUGACUCCACCAUCAAAAAGACACUGGGCAAAAAUGGCACCCAUGAAAGGGUGGUAAGGUGAAAACCACUACUGACCCAGAAUAAUAUUAAGGUUUGUGUAAAUUUUUCAAAAACACACCUUGAUGAUCCUCAAACCUUUUGGGAGAAUGUUCUGUGGAUUGACGAGUCGAAAGUGGAACUGUUUGUAAGACAGGGGUCCUGUUACAUCUGGCAUAAACCAAACACUGAAUUAAACAAAAAGAGCAUCAUAGCUAUGGUUAAGCAUGGUGGUGGAAGUGUGAUGGUGUGGGGAUGCUUUGCUGAUUUAAAGGAGAAUGUCUGUAAGUCUGUAAGUUGAAACUCAAGUGCGACUGGAUUAUGCAGCAAGACAAUGAUCCAAAGCAUAGGCUCAAAUGGCCUCUGAAUGGCUCAAAAAAAUGUAAGUUUUGGAAUUGCCUACUCAAAAUCCUGACUUGAACCAAUUUAGAUGCUGUGGCAGGACCUUAAAUAGGCAGUUCAUACUCCAGUGUGCCUGAACUAAAGCAGUUCUGCAAAAUUCCACCACAGUGCAGUGAAAGACUGAUCUCCAGUUAUCAGAAGCAUUUAGUUGCAGUUAUUGCUGCUAAAGGUGGCACAAACAGAUUCUAAGAUUAAGGAGCCAAUUAGUUUUUCACAUGAGUGAUAGGUGUUGGUAACUUUCUUUGCUUCAAUAAAUAUUCAAUUUCAAAUAAUUUUUCACAGCACCGUAUAGGUUUUUUCGUUCCUAUUCAUAAUUUCAAAGUCAAAUGGCAUUAAGUGUGCAAAUGUGAAGUGGAUAUAUGCACUGGAAGCAUAUUAGAUAAAAUAAUAUAAAGGUUCUGAGUACUUAUUUCCCCUCAUUGUAUGUGUAUAAUAUCCUUUGUAUGGGAUUUAAAUGCAUUAUGGGCUUUAUGUACUCAUAAAUAUAAGAGACAUCACUAUUCGCCUGUAGCUAUACUACUGAAACUGCUCAGGCUAUGAUCACAGGCAGAAAGUACUGUACACUCCCUACUCACUGAAUCACAAGUAUUAUCAAACUAUUUUAAAGCCAUUAACACACUGAACCAGUAUUACAAUCAGAUGAAAAUCAUUUAUUAAACAUUUGUUGGUCAGUAGAAAUUAAUCAUAACGACAUACAAAGAAAUCACAAAUAAAAUCAGCUAUUUUCUGUUGUUUACAUACAAAAUAAGGCACUGUUUUAUUAGUGUCCGUCUAGUAAACGUACAAAAUUUACUUUAACAAAAAUAAAAAAUAUAUUUUUUAAAAUGUACAUUGUGUCUAUGACAUUAAAAAGGCUUUUAAAAUAAAACCAUACAGUACCCAUAUAUUUUGGAGCAAAUUAAAAGUCAUGUACAAGCAAAUAUUUUUGUCUCGCAUUAACUUCCAUAACAGAUGACAAAGUAAAGGUCCAGUCCACUGUCCAAAAUGUGUGACCUUGAAUUGAUUAAUUUAAGGAGAUCAGCAUGUCAUAGUGCAAAAAAGAUGCAGCAAAAUCAAUCAAGACACCAGGUAAUAUUUAAUCAGUUUCAUCUGUGUGCUUUAGUAUAUAAUUCAGUGUUUCUCCUUCCCCCUGCUACAGUCGGAGCAGCAAGUUUAACCCUCUAAAUAAAGUAAAACAAAAUGUCUUCUGAUUGUAAAACUGCCAGGCACGUUGAAGAAAAUGCAGUUUAGUGCAUUUAGGCUUGAUGGAGUUACUUAGACAUAGUCAGAAAGGUAAAUACAAGAGCCAAAACAUUUCAUCAACAUCCAAGACAUUAGAAAACUAUGUAAACUAAUAUGGGGGAAAUCAUUAAGCAGGGUUGGCUUUAUCUUUUUGGCAUUUAUCUUAAAAACAACAACAUAAAAAAAAAUAGGAAAAUAUAUUUUAAAUCAUUCCCCAUUCCAGAGAUGACUAUCACACAUAGCAGAAGUAAAACAUCAUCCAUACAUUUAAAUAUAACCAAUGCGUUAUUAUCCAAUUACACUGGAAACUUUCCUAAACACAGUGAUGCAAACAGAGUUGUUCAUCCACGUCUUGGCUCUUUCAGCAGUUUUCUACAUUCUGAGAUCUGCAAUAACUCACAUAAAACAUACUGAAUGAAAAAAGAAAAAAAAAAAAAAACAGACAAGAGGAUCGAUCUUUCAUUCUAUAAUGGCUCAUGAAUGUGCAAUUGCAAAAAUGUCAAUAGAAUUAUUCCUUGAAUUCAUUUGAGGCAAAAA